GGAUCGCCGGGCGGGAUCUCAUAGAUGUGACGUAGCGCCGAAGCGACUGUUUGAUUCAAAUAACAAUGGCGGCACGCAGCAAGGAGUCGUGUGCUGACAUUGAUUCUGCUGUUGCAACUGUUUUGUCGAAUCUAUCGAAUAUUACCGGUAAUUCUUUAAAAGAUGAACAGGGAACGGUUUUGAAGGCAUUUAUUUUACUUUUCGCUCUGUCGUUAUCCAUUAUGUCGACGUUUCUGUUUUGGAUUUCCCAGCGUCACGGGUUGAUUUCAAUGUGAGUGGUUGAAGUAGCACGUCAUUCAAGAUAACGGACAAAUGGUUUAUCCAAUCACAUACAAUUUUUUUUUUUACAAGGCCCCGCCUUCUGAAAUACAUCUCCUAUUGAGAAGUUCCAGAUCCCUGUGUGGAGCUCAGCAAACUACAAGGAUCUGGCGAGAGUCAGGUUGAAAUAAUGCCUCUCACCUGGAUAGUAGAAGGAAGAGGACAUAUUCCUACAAUUUGACAAGAACACUUCAUAGGACAAUGAAGGGACGUAAACGUAAAGAGGCUCCUUCAGACUGGGGCUGCUUGGUGGCGAUAUGUUUCUUCGUCCUGGGCCUGGGAACACUGCUGCCAUGGAAUUUCUUCAUGACUGCCAUAUUGUAUUUUGAAAGCCGCCUGAACACAACAGGCACGCUAACUGAGGCGGGCAACAACACAGACGAGGCCCCUAAAGAUUACUACUUCAACAGCCUGAUGACCCUGCUGUCCCAGCUGCCCCUGCUGCUAUUCACCCUGCUCAACUCCAUCCUCUACCAGAGGAUAUCCGAGGCCAUGCGUAUCGGCGGCAGCCUGGUUUUCAUCCUGUUGCUCUUCAUCCUAACCACUGUGCUGGUGAAGGUGGAAAUGGACACUGAACGCUUCUUUUCUGUGACUAUGGCUACAAUUUGGUUCAUCAAUUCGUUUGGUGCCGUGUUGCAGGGAAGUCUAUUUGGCUUGGUUGGUAUGUUUCCCCAGAAGUACAGUUCCAUUUUCAUGAGUGGUCAAGGACUUGCCGGGACCUUUGCAGCCAUUGCCAUGUUGUUAUCCAUUGCCCGAAACGUAGACAUGACUUCUAUGGCUUUGGGCUACUUCGUCACACCCUGUGUGGGUACAUUGUUCACGUUCUUCUGCUACCUCCUCCUGCGCCGCCUGGAGUUUGCUGAAUAUUACCUGGACAAGAGCGGCAAAUAUGAGGGGGACACCACAGACGAGCUGCUGACAGUCGAGAGUUCCGCAGUGGGGAAUGACAAGUUAAACGGCCUCACUAAUGCCUCGGUGGCCAGCAGCCCCAACAAAGAUGGCACCCUGCAGGAGGGCAAGGUGGACGUAGCCAAGCAAGCAUUCGUUUCUCUGGAGCAAGUGGAAAAUAACCAAGCUAAAUCCUCGGUCAUCGAGGUCUUCAAGAAGAUAUGGGUCAUGGCGUUCUGUGUGACAUUUGUGUUCACUGUCACUCUGGCGGUCUUUCCCGCCGUCACUGCAAAUGUCCAGACGAUGUACACAGGAGAUUGGGAGCGCUACUUCAUCUGUGUCUGCUGUUUCCUGACCUUUAACCUCAACGACUGGCUUGGCCGGACCAUCACCACUUGCGUACGCUGGCCUCGCAAAGAGUCUCGUCUUUUCCCGCUGCUGGUGGUCUCACGUGUGGUCUUCAUUCCUCUGCUGUUGCUCUGCAACAUCAAGAUCUCAAACGUCAGACAUCUGCCCGUCCUCUUCGAGCAUGACGCCGCUUUCACUCUCAUCAUGGCACUGUUCUCGUUCUCCAGCGGUUACUUUGUGUGCCUGUCCAUGUCCUACGCGCCGCAGAUGGUGGAGGGCAAGGAUGCGGAGACUGCUGGUGCCCUGAUGACCUUCUUCUUGGCGUUGGGUCUCUCCAUCGGUGCCUUGCUGUCUUUCCCGCUCCGCAUUCUAGUGUAGUUUCAACACACACUUGAGUGCUGGCAAUAAUAAGGAACAAAACUGUUUGCUAUUGCACAGGUUAGUUUUCUUAUUUGCGCUUUAUUUCCGUUAGUCCUAAUGCAUUUGUAACUUAAAUGUAGUUUUAUGCAGCUCAUUAUGUAUGCAAGGGAAUCUUUAUUUUUGCUUUGCUUUUGAUGCUUAGUUUGAAGUUUAUGUACAAACCCCGUUCCCAUACGAGUUGGGAAAUUGUGUUAGAUGUAAAUAUAAACGCAAUACAAUGAUUUGCAAAUCAUUUUCAACCCAUAUUUAGUUUAAUAUGCAACAAAGACAACAUAUUUGAUGUUCAAACUGAUAAACAUUUUUUUUUGUGCAAAUAAUCAUUAACUUUAGAAUUUGAUGCCAGCAACACGUGACAAAGAAGUUGGGAAAGGUGGCAAUAAAUACUGAUAAAGUUGAGGAAUGCUCAUCAAACACUUAUUUGGAACAUCCCACAGGUGUACAGGCUAAUUGGGAACAGGUGGGUGCCAUGAUUGGGUAUAAAAACAGCUUCCAUGAAAUGCUCAGUCAUUCACAAACAAGGAUGGGGCGAGGUACACCCCUUUGUCCACAACUGCGUGAGCAAAUAGUCAAAACAGUUUAAGAACAACGUUUCUCAAAGUGCAAUUGCAAGAAAUUUAGGGAUUUCAACAUCUACGGUCCAUAUCAUCAUCAAAAGGUUCCGGGAAUCUGGAGAAAUCACUCCACGUAAGCGGCAUGGCCGGAAACCAACAUUGCAUGACCGUGACCUUCGAUCGCUCAGACGGCACUGUAUCAAAAACCGACAUCAAUCUUUAAAGGAUAUCACCACAUGGGCUCAGGAACACUUCAGAAAACCACUGUCACUAAAUACAGUUCGUCGCUACAUCUGUAAGUGCAAGUUAAAGCUCUACUAUGCAAAGCGAAAGCCAUUUAUCAACAACAUCCAGAAACGCCGCCGGAUUUUCUGGGCCCUAGAUCAUCUAAGAUGGACUGAUGCAAAGUGGAAAAGUGUUCUGUAGUCUGACGAGUCCACAUUUCAAGUUGCAAAUAUUCAACAUCCUGUCAUCCGGACCAAAGGGAAAGCGAACCAUCCAGACUGUUAUCGACGCAAAGUUCAAAAGCCAGCAUCUGUGAUGGUAUGGGGGUGCAUUAGUGCCCAAGGCAUGGGUAACUUACACAUCUGUGAAGGCACCAUUAAUGCUGAAAGGUACAUACAGGUUUUGGAACAACAUAUGCUGCCAUCUAAGCGCCGUCUUUUUCAUGGACGCCCCUGCUUAUUUCAGCAAGACAAUGCCAAGCCACAUUCAGCACGUGUUACAACAGCGUGGCUUCGUAAAAAAAGUGUGUGUGUACUUUCCUGGCUCGCCUGCAGUCCAGACCUGUCUCCCAUCGAAAAUGUUUGCUGCAUUAUGAAGCGUGAAAUACGACAGCGGAGACACCGGACUGUUGAACGACUGAAACUCUACAUAAAACAAGAAUGGGAAAGAAUUCCACUUUCAAAGCUUCAACAAUUAGUUUCCUCAGUUCCCAAUCGUUUGAGUGUUGUUAAAAGAAAAGGUGAUGUAACACAGUGGUGAACAUGCCCUUUCCCAGCUACUUUGGCACGUGUUGCAGCCAUGAAAUUAUAAGUUAAUUAUUAUUUGCAAAAAAAAAAAAGUUUAUGAGUUUGAACAUCAAAUAUCUUGUCUUUGUAGUGCAUUCAAUUGAAUAUGGGUUGAAAAGGAUUUUCAAAUCAUUGUAUUCCGUUUAUAUUUACAUCUAACACAAUUUCCCAACUCAUAUGGAAACGGGGUAUGUACAGUAAUUCGCCAUGGUUUUACAGACUCUUUCUACUUAACAUGAAGAAAACAUCCAUCUUUUGUAGCGCGUAUCCUCAUUAGGAUCACGGGGUAAGCUGAAGCUUAUCCCAGAUGACUUUUUGAGAGGUUGGAUACUCCCAAGACUGGUCAGCAGUACAAACACAGGGCACUUACAAUACUGACAAUUUAGAGCAGGGGUCCCCAAACUUUUUGACUCGGUGGCCGCAUUGGGUUAAAAAAAAUUUGUCCGGGCUGUAAAGUAUAUUCCUCACGCACACUAAUUGACUGAGAGUGCGCGCUUCAUUUGCCUGAGCGGCUAGGAGACCCCGAGUAACAAGCGGUAGAAAAUGGAUUACAAAAGGACAACAACAAAAAAAAUUAAAACUUUUUUAACCUGGGAUUUCCCGCGGGCUGGAUUUUGGAUGCUGGCGGGCCGUGUCCGGCCCGUGGGCCGUACUUUGGGGACCCCUGAGAGUUUCCAAUGUUCUAAACAUGCAAGGAACAAAUACGAUGUUCUAUACCAGGGGUGUCCAAACUUUCUCCACUGAGGGCCUCAUCCAGAAAAAACUAAAAGGAUGCAGUUGCCAUUUUUUAUAUAUUAAAAACCAAUACUAGGAUAACAAAAAGUUGGUCUGUAUAUUGGUUUCCUGUUAACAUAAUUUCUACUUGUAUUGUUACAUUAACCAUUUGGUCUUUUAUCUCACUUUUUGCGUUUUUUAUUUUAUUUAUAGCAUUUUAGUAUGUGCUGCUGCAAAUGGCCUCGAGGCCACACUUUGGACACCCCUGUUCUAUACACUGCUGCAAAGUGACCGAUUACAAGUCAUAUGGCCAAAUUACAUCAGCUUUGCUUAAGAGAGGCCACAGUUUAAGAGGCAUACACUGCCCUCUAGUGGUCGAAGACACAAAUUCACCUUGAACAUGAGGCUCAGUCAUUUUACAGUAUAUGGCAACUGUUAAGUUGGUAUAUGCAUUGUAACCAUAUUGCACAAUUAUGUUGUAUAUUUUGUUUUGAGCUGUGGCCUCGUAUCUUUUGACUUGAAACUUGCGUGAUACUAUUUUUUUCAGGGAUAGUCGCUUUUUUAUAUCAAGCAUUUAAAAGCCAAUGUUGUCAGGAAUGGCUUUAUUAGAAUGUUGAAAAAGUUGUUUUUAUUUGCCUUAAAGAUGUGUAGAAAAUGUUGUUUUGUCACUUAAGGGAGACUUCACAUGUUUAACUGCAAAUAAAAAACUUGAGAUUUAA